AUGAAGACAUUACAGCUGUAUCUUGGUGCAGUGACUGCUGUGAACUUGUAUGUAAGGCGUGUUCUAGAGUUCACAAAAGGAUGUCCCCGUUCGUCACUUCUUACAUUGUCUAAGAACUGCGACAAUCAUCCAGAUCAAAAGAUUGCACUGUACUGCUGUCAACAUGACAAGGUAGUCUGCGUGUCAUGUGUUCCGGUAUCACAUCAACAUUGCAAGUCUAUCAUUUCAAUUGAAAAAGCUGCUAGAGGCGUGAAAGAUAGUACCGCUAUUUCUGAUUUAGAGAGAAGAAUUUCAAACCUAUGUCAAGUUACAGAGAACAGACGGAGUCAAAGUGAGAAAACACUUGUAGAUUUGGAAAUAAAUCGUACCAAAAUAAAGACAAUGGUGUCUGAAAUCAAACGGAAAGCAAUUGCUCAUUUAGAUACGUUAGAAGCAGAGAUACAUGGAGAUAUUGAUUCUAAGUAUAAAAAAUGUACUGAGAGUGUGUCCCGAAACAGAAAUAGCAUACAAUCCAAUGCAGACUCGCUGUCUAUAUGGAAAAGUGAUUUAAAGUCACUGAAGCAACAUACAUCAGAAAUUCAUUUAUUCCAGGUGGUAAAAUUUCUAGAUGCAAAAAUUUACCAGAAAGAAUUAGAAAUCAGAGAAAUCGAAACAGCUACUGUUCCGAUACUUAAAUAUCAUCCGUCAGAAUUUGAAUCAAACAUUCAGACAAUAGUCCCAGACUUAGGUACAAUAAAGGUAGAAAAUGUCCAAGUAUCAAAACCUGUACUAGAUAUAGACAAACAAUGUCAUUUUCCCGUUAGAGAGGAGAGAAAGUUAUCACUGACACAUUCAUUCCCGACCACGAAAUUAGGUAAUGGAGUAAGUAUCUACAGAGGAUGCUUUAUUCCUGACGAUAGGUUACUCUUAUGUAACUACAUUGGCAAACACCUUGUUGUUUGUAAACUUGAUGGAUCGAUUUCCAGCAUGAUUGAUUUGGAUCAUAUUCCACGCAAUAUCAGCUUAUAUGACAAAACCCAUGCUGUAGUAUCUGUUGGUGAUGCAGGUAUCACAAUUAUCGAUCUGACAUCAUUGAAGCCUGACAGGAGAAUUAAAGUUGAAGGAAGGUGUACUGGAAUCACCAGUGUAAAGGAUAAAAUCUGGGUAAGAAAUAAAACUAACACGUUAAGCCUUGUGGAUAUCAAUGGUAAAGUUCACAAAGUAUUACAAACAACAUUUGAUCCUUGUGAUAUUUGUACCAAUCAGGAUGGUGAUGUCUAUUGUACUGACUUAGAUAGUGAUAAAGUUUUCUUAGUUUCUUCAGAUGGAAAAGAACGUGAGAUUUACAACAGUCCUGACAUGAAAAGUGCUAGAGGUGUAGCCGUAGAUGACCGUGGGGAUGUGUUUGUAACAGGAUAUCAAUCAGACAACGUACAUAGAUUAUACAAUGAUGGACAGAAACAUGACAUUGUCUUAACAGUAGAUGAUGACAUCGAUGGACCGAGCGGUUUAUCUUACAACAAUGAAACAAAAGAACUGUUAGUCGUAAACGACCUUGGUAGAUCUAUCAAAAUCUAUAAAACCCAUUGA